AUGUCCACCGCCGCUACGAACACCUCGGCAGGGCCCGAUCGCGUCAUGAUCGGCAAAGACAGCGUACCGCCCAUGGCUAUAGGUACCUGGUCUUGGGGAGACAAGAUGGUCUGGAGCCACAAAGACGAUGACUUUGCCAAGAUCCGAGAAAGCUGGAACGCUUGCAACAAGCAAGGAUUGACCUUCUAUGAUACAGCUGAGGUAUAUGGAGAAGGCGAGUCGGAGCGGAUCAUCGGCCUCCUUAUCAAGGAGACGGACGAAGAGACCAAGAAGAAGCUCUUUAUCGCUACCAAGUUCCUGCCAUUCCCCCGCCCCGCAUCCCUCUUCCUCUUCACCCCUCCCCUCGUCCGCAACCUCAAGCGCUCGCUCGAGCGGCUCGGUCUCGACAGCGUCGACAUGUAUCAGCUCCACUCUCCUACAGGACUGAACUCGUUCGAGAGUUACGCGAGCGGUCUGGCGGAAUGCUACAAGCUGGGUUUGUGCAGGCAUAUCGGAAUCAGUAACUUCAGCCUGGACGAAAUGAUCAAAUUUGCAGAUCUUCUGGCCAAGCACGACGUGCCGCUCGCUUCGAACCAGGUCGAGUUCUCGCUUUUGAGGAAGUUGCCGGAAACGUCUGGUCUGCUUGCCGAGUGCAAGAAGCGGAACAUCGCUCUGCUAGCCUACUCACCACUCGGAAUGGGCCGCCUCACCGGCAAAUACUCCUCUGAGAACCCCCCGCCAAGCGGUCGUCGAUUCGCAAGUCAAUACACUUGGAAGCAGCUCGACCCGCUCAUCGCUCUCCUUCGCGAGAUCGCGACGAGGCACAAUGUCACCCCAUCAGCUAUCGCCAUCAAUUGGGUGAUGAUGAAGGGUGCCAUCCCGCUCGGUGGAGCGCGCGACGGGAAGCAGGCGGAGCAGAAUGCGUCAGCGAUGACUUUCAGGUUGACCGAGGAGGAGAUGAGCAAGUUGGAUGCGAGCGGGUUUGAGGGUACUACGUCACGCUUCUGGCAGCACGGAUAG